AGAGAGACACUGAACUGUCAAGGAAUACAUACGAGUGACCUAAGCCGAAGACGGUGCCCGAAGCGCCACCUUUUAACUGGAAACGGCUCCCGAAAGAAAAAUUAGGGAUUCUUCCUGCAACAGUCACUAAUCAUUGGACUUAUUCCGUAAGACGUGCCAAUCCAUCUUUAAAGGAUUAUCUCUGCUUUUCUCGAACGCCCUUUCUCUGUCUGCUGUUUCUCUCCUAGAGAUUGACGGUAGUCUUGACUCUCCGCUGGUCUAUUCUUGUAGAUAUCAUAUAUAUCUACUUACUAUUUCUCUAUCUCCCCCUGUCUCAGAAUGCAAACAGCGCGACUGGAGCUUGUCCGUCUGACCAUGGAGCAUGUGGCUGGGUACCACGCCAUUUGGUCCGAUCCAGUGGCCACCCGAUGGAGCGCUCACGGUCCGUGCAAAACGGUGGAAGACUCGCGAGCAUGGAUGUCUGGCUUGUUACUCGACAAAAGUCCAAUGGGAGAGAAUUAUGCGGUCUUGCUCCGGAAGGAUAUCGAGGCGGACAGCAUCGUGAAUCGGUUCAAGUGUGACACUAGGGAUACUGACCGGCAUGAUGUCUUGGUCCAUGGAGGCUUUAUCGGCUGGGUCGGAACUUGGAAAACGGACCCAGUCCCAGAAGUGGGCAUGAUUUUUCACCGAUCGACCUGGGGCCUGGGCUUCGCAACGGAAGCAUUGGCAGCAUUUACACAACUGUUUUGGACAUAUAAGCCCCAAUUCAAUGUUCUGGAGGCAUACUGCGAUAUCGAAAAUGAGGCAUCCAUCAAUGUCUUGCGUAAAUGCGGCUUUCAGCUGGUCGAGGUGGCCAAAGGCGAUUAUGUCCUCCCUUGGAUGACCCCGUCGACACGAGAUACGAUGCAAUUUCGCUUGCAAAGAGCGGGCAACUAGGAGGAGGGAUGCGACCAACUAUGUGGAAUUUGUUGAUAAUGCCCUUUCUUUCUCCUGGCUACUACUGCGCUGGAGCUGUGCC